AUGGACACUUUUAUUGAAAAUCUCUCUUUGAACAUUACCAAGUUGGUAGUUUUCGUGGUCUAUGUAUGGUUCAUGUACUAUGUACUUACUUCUCCAUUUAGGGUCGAUAAAUGGUUCGGGCCAAAUCCUGAUUGGAAAGCGGUCAUUAAGAUCAACGUAUUGAGGGCAGCAAGUGGCAUAUUGGCAAAACACUCAUCUGAUGUGACGGCGGAAAUUUGCGUUACACGAAAUGACUAUAUUGACGAUAAGGAUAUAUGGAUUUUGAAGGGUCUAGCUAUGGCCGUUGUUAUGGGAACAUACAUUAUUUUGGUUCAAACCAUCGAGCACAUGUAUCGUGUGAUCGAAGAUUUACAAGCGAGUGCAAGAAGUGAAAAAGAGGGUUCAAUUAGAGAGAAAGAAAGUGCAAUUGAGGAGAAAGAGAGUUCAAUAAGUGAGAAAGAAAGAGUGCAAGAAAAACAGAAUUAG